ACAUCGAGGGCGACGGCUUUAUCUUAUUUAUCGAAUUGGUAAUAUCGAUGUUUUCGAUGAAUCGCUAUUGUGUACUGUUCCAAAAAAACUCAUAUUAUUUUUUAAAUUGCCAAUAUAAAAAUGUCACAACGCUCUCGAAAUAGUAACCGUCGGAAUCAACUUAAACACAAAUAUGCUCAAAAUUCACAAACUACGGAUGAGCAAAAUCCAGUAAUAAUCGCAUUCCAGGAUUACGCGCUUGAACUGGAUGACAAACAUGAUCGCUAUGAAAGAAUUGUUAAACUCAGCCGUGAUAUCACCAUCGAAGCGAAACGAAUCAUUUUUCUUCUGCAUACAAUAGAUGGUAGAAAAAAUAACCGUUCACGAAUACUGGACGAGGCGGAAGAACGGCUCGAAAAAGUUGUUGCAACAAAUUUCAAGUCCGUAGCCCUCGAACUAAAUGGACAAGACCCCUAUCAAUACCGGUGUGCGUAUUCUCCGGGUCUACAAGAAUUUAUUGAAGCGUAUAGUUUUAUGGAGUAUUUCAAACAUAGCGGGGAUGAAACGCCAACUACUGUAUCGGACUGGAGCAUUCUACAACAAAAAAUGCAGUUCGCACAUCAAGAUGAAGCUAGUCAAAAAGAUGACGGGUUAGGAAAAGAACUUGAGGUUUCACUUGGUCAGGAAAAACCCGUUGGCAAAAUAGCAGCAAGCCAGGGUGUAAAUUUUGUCGUCGAUCCCACCGAGUUCAUUUUGGGAAUAGCGGAUCUAACCGGCGAGUUGAUGCGGCGAUGCAUUAAUUCUUUGGGAAGUGGAGAAACCAACGUGUGCUUGGAGUCAUGCAAAGUUCUUCAACAAUUCUUCACAGGCUACAUAAGCCUUAAUAUACAGCGCUGCCGUGAACUAUCUCGUAAGAUUUAUACAAUGCGACAAAGUGUAAUAAAAGCCGAAAACGUAUGUUACAACGUAAAAGUGCGCGGCGGAGAAGCAGCAAAAUGGGGAUCUGUUUUGGAAAAUAAAGUAAACGAAGAUCUAGAUGAAGGUUUCUAUUAAACGAAAUAAAAGAUUUAACAAAAAAUGCA